UACUGCACGUGACGUUUCGAGGCUCGGUGACGUAGCUGUUUACAGAAACAUUUUCACGUCUACACGUGUGCGGGCUUGCAGGGUCAGUUUAGCUUAGUACGUGAAUCUUUGCACGCUCGCAUCUUGAAGGAACUACAUUUUUCCUUAUACUACGUACAUACUUGCGCUGAUGUUUUCAAACUAGGAUCCAUUGAGCGACGACUCUCGUGUACGUCCACCAUGAAGAAGAAGUAGUAGGAGGGAUCUCUUUUUCUUCACUUUGACGAUCUGAUUGUGUGGCGAUUGUGCAAAAAGUUGUUCAGAAUACAAAUCCAAAGCUGCUUAUUGUAACACAGAUGCAACACAGAGUGGAUUUCUUAUUUAAGGAAACAUGAUUUCGAUGAAAAUUCAACCAACAACCUGCAGAGCAUGGCUGUCUCGGGUUUAUUUGAGGCAGGAGCUGUGUUUCUCCUCCGUGCCCCCGCAGCCAGUACCCCCUCUGGUACAGACCCUGCAGUCUUACCUCAAGACCCUGGAGCCCCUGCUGCCCCCCGAGGAGCUCAGCCACACCCGCAGGAUGGUGCAGGAGUUCGGCAGGCCGGGCGGCCUCGGUGCACGACUGCAGGAGGGGCUGGAGAAGAGAGCCAGACUCACCAAGAACUGGAUCUCACCCUGGUGGGUGCAGUGGGCGUACUUGGAGAGCAGACAGCCGCUUCCUGUGCAUUCGAACCCGGCCAUCUCUCUGCCCAGGAGAGAUUAUAACGGCUGGAGGAGCCAGCUAGUGUUUGCAUCCAAACUCAUAGCAGCAGUUUUGGACUUCAAGGCCAAAAUCAACACCGGCCAUCUGCCGGUGGAGUACAUGCGAGGGAAUCCUCUGUGCAUGGAUCUCUACCCGCUCCUCUUCUCCUCCUGCAGGAUCCCCGGUCCCAAACACGACCACAUCGCCCACUACGGACGCUCCCGACGCUCGCCGACACACAUAACGGUCGUCAGGAACUACCAGUUCUUCCAGCUGGAGGUUUACAACAGCGAUGGCUCUCGAAUGACGGAGAGUCAGAUUCACGGCCAGCUGCUGAGGAUCAGGUCUCAGUCCUGGAAGACGGACAAAGAGCCGAUGGGCAUCCUGACCAGCGAGCACCGUCACACCUGGGGACAGGCCUACAACCGGCUGCUGAGAGAUAAACUAAACAAGGAAUCAGUGCGGCUGAUAGAGACGGGACUUUUCUCCUUGUGUCUGGAUUCUCCGGUCAUGAGGAUAUCAGAUGAAAAGUAUGCCAGUCGCAAGGCGGCGCAGAUUCUGCACGGAGGCGGGACGUUCUCCAACAGUGGCAACCGCUGGUUUGAUAAAACGCUGCAGUUUGUGGUGGGCGAGGACGGCUCGUGGGGUCUUCUGUAUGAAGCAGCCACAGCUGAGGGUCCGCCCAUAGCAACACUGCUGCAUCAUGUCCUCGACUACUGUGAGAAACCAGACCCAAAGAGAGCGCCGCUGGUCCCUCUACCGAUGCCCAAGAAGCUUUACUUUCACAUAGAUCGAGAGAUUAAGAGGGACAUAGAGCACGCCAAGCAGAACCUCGAUAUACUGAUCAACGACCUCGAUGUGAACGUGUUUAACUUCAAGAGGUUUGGUAAGGACCUUCCCAAGCAGCACAACCUGAGUCCAAACUCCUUCAUCCAGGUCGCCCUGCAGCUCGCCUACUACAGAGUCCACAAUGAGGUCUGUCCUGCCUGUGAUAUCGCCUCUCAGAGGAUGUUUCAAGCGGGAAGGACAGAAUAUAUCCGCUCGCCCACAAAUCAGACGCUCAAAUUCAUUCUUGCCUUCGAUGAUCCAGCUGUAUCGCGGGAAGCAAAGCUACAACUGUUCAGAGAAGCUGUUGAUGCCUAUACAGCUGUGACUCAUCAGGUACUUAAAGGACACGCAAUUGACAACCACCUGCUGGGGCUCAAACUGCAGGCCAUCGAGGAAGGACUGAGCAUCCCCAAAGUCUUCAUGGAUACAGCUUACGGCCUCGCAACACACUGGAAACUCCGGACAGGGCAGGUGCCUGCUAACACAGACAGCGUGAUGUGUUUCGGGCCCCUCGUUCCUGACGGUUACGCCAUUUGCUACAACCCCCAGGCUGACCACGUCCACUUCUCCAUCACCGCCUUCAACUGCUGCGAGGAGACGCAUGCAGAAACAUUAGCUCUCACCCUGAAGGACACUCUGUGUCAGCUACAGGAGCUACUGCAGCCUACCGUGUAGAGCUGCUCCUGUCCAACAGGAUGAACCCACUCUUCUACACCUGGAAGAAAUACACUUUAAUAUCGUGAAACAAAAAUUGGUAGAAGUCUUUAUUGUUUUGGAUAUUUUCUGGUGCAUGUAACGCUUCACUAGAGCGGUUAAGUCUGAGCGAGUUUUGAAGACUGAACACUGUCUCUGAGGUGCUUUUGAUGCUUUUCUAACACUUUUGAUGAAGCAAUAAAUCACUUUCUUUUUCUAGCAAGAGCUGAUCAAGCAAGCUGCAUUAUAUGUUCUACUGUGGAUGCACUUAAAGGGAAUUUAAUGCUACAAUAUGUCUGGGUGAAACCAAAACAAAGUCAUCCUGACACUCAGUCAUUAAUCAGAACAGGCUAAAACAUGUGUGUUUAAACUGACUGCACUCCUUUUUGUGAGUCAUGUGCGGACCAGUAGCCUUUCUAGUACCCUCUAUUGAGAAUAAGUAUGUUUCAUGUGUUGCACUGCCCUCGGAGUAAAAAAAUAGAAAGCUGGUUAUUAAUGGUGACAGUGCAAAGAAGUAUCAGGUGCUUUUGUCUCUUUUAGAGUGGAGCAACCUGAUCUUCAGGAUGUAUUUACUGUACGCUGAAAUGAAUGUCAAGAGGCUUCGGCCUGCCUCCGAGCUGGGGCAUAUUGUUUUGCUCUCAACCUGCAGGAUUGGUUAUUAAAGCCUGCUAUCUCAUGAUUUUUGUGUGUGUGUGUGUGUGUGUGUGUGUGUGUGUGUGUGUGUGUGUGUGUGUGUGUAGAGAGUGAGAAGAGUGAGAGAGAGAGAGACUGUGGACUUUAUUGUCAAAGUAAGAAAACAAAAACGAAAUCCAGUAGGCCUACAUGAAGUUAAUAUGUGCAAAGGUGAACCUGGGUGUGGUGAGAUUUUCAUUUAACAGUAAAUGGCAGGACCUGAACUCGCCCCCCUCUGUACUUCUGCCAUGCAGGGGAAUAAGUAGACAUGAUUAUUAUUGUUAUUAUAUUAUCACAUCUGGAUAAUAAAAUGUAUGAUUCUA